AUGAGAUUUGAAAACGUCUUGUACUUGGCAGUUGCCGCUGUGGCUGCUGCCGCACCGGUAGAGCAGACAAAAAAUGUUGUGGAUCCUCACAACAGACUCUGGAAGGACAGUGAAGAAUCGACAAAUGUUGUGGACCCUCACAACAGGCUCUGGAAGGACAGUGAAGAUUCAGUCAACGUUGUUGACCCUCACAACAGACUGUGGAAGGAUAGCGAAGACUCGGUCAACGUUGUUGACCCUCACAACAGGCUCUGGAAGGACAGUGAAGAUUCAGUCAACGUUGUUGACCCUCACAACAGACUGUGGAAGGAUAGCGAAGACUCGGUCAACGUUGUUGACCCUCACAACAGGCUCUGGAAGGACAGUGAAGAUUCAGUCAACGUUGUUGACCCUCACAACAGACUGUGGAAGGAUAGCGAAGACUCGGUCAACGUUGUUGACCCUCACAACAGGCUCUGGAAGGAUAGUGAAGAAUCGACUAAUGUCGUCGAUCCUCAUAACAGACUGUGGAAGGAUAGUGAAGAAUCCACCAAUGUCGUCGAUCCUCACAACAGACUCUGGUAA